UCCGGAAUUAUGUUUGUCGGUUGGUGGUGAUUCACGCUGGUUGGUGGAUAGCGUCGUGCUCGGUGCCGGUGAAGUGUUGGUUAAAGUUGUACGGUAAAAUGUCGCUCGUUAGGAUGGAUCCCGUACUUUGUAUCGUCUACGUCGCGCUGUUGUCCGCGUACGCGAGCGCGAGCACGCAGCAACCGGCGAAGGACAGCUUGGUGGUGCAGCUCAACGAGGACAACUGGGAUCUCAUGCUCACGGGAGAGUGGAUGGUCGAGUUUUAUGCGCCAUGGUGUCCUGCUUGCAAGGCGCUGGAACCGAUUUGGGCUUACCUUGCACUAUCUAAGGAAGAGCUUAAUAUUAACGUGGGAAGGAUAGACGUGACAGAUUCUCCGGGUCUUAGUGGCAGAUUUAUGGUCACGGCCUUGCCAACGAUAUAUCAUGUAAACAAUGGAGUGUUCAGGCAGUAUAGGAGCCCAAGGGAGGAAGCCUCAUUGAUCGACUUUGUAUCGAGCAGGCGGUGGACAAAAGUAGAUCCAAUACCUGGUUGGAAAAGCCCAACUUCCUUCCACAUGUCAAUUUUAAGUCAAUUCUUCAAAUUAUCUCAAAUAUUGCGAAGUAUUCAUAACAAACUUUUGGAGGACAUUGGAUUACCUACGUGGGGUAGCUACUUGAUUUUCGCCGUUGGAACAAUUAUCCUAGGUGCAAUAUUGGGACUGGUUAUUGUUUGCUUGAUCGACUUCAUCUAUCCACCGAAACCGACGCACCUCCACGAGAAGAAGAAGCAGGAGAAGAAUUCCGAGGAGGACGAAAUCGCGGAAAACGUUGGGGACGAUCUGGUGGAUGAGGAGGAGUCCGAGGUGGAGGAUCCUGAGGCGGAGGAAGCGGAAGCGAAGGAAUCGGAGGCGAAACAACAGCAGGCCGAGGCGAAGCAGCCCGGAGUGAAGGAGUCCGAAGCAAGUGAGAAGGAUAAAGAUACUAAAGCCGACCCCAACAGCCCCAGUGUUCGCAAGCGUAAGCCACGCAAGGCUGAUUAGAGAUAUUAUUAAUUAUUAAUAUUGUUUAAUGUAAAUAUUCAACAAAUAUGGAUCACGCAGUUUACGCGAUUAAAACUACUUUAGCGAUAUAUUCCCGAAAUCAUUCCUGCGCAUUGAAACGCGACACGUAAUAUGACAGCGACAUCGUUAUAUUAUACUCCGGAACGCCUAGAUGAUCGGUGUAGAUAGUUCAAAGAAACAAAGCGUGUUUGCCGAAUUUUUGUGUCUCCAAAAUUUAGAUAAAACUUCCUUUAAUUCUUCAUUACUGUCUGUUAACGUUUUAUUGGAUCACGAGUACAUUUUUUGGAUAUCCUAUUAUCAUUCACUGAAAUUUUAUCGUAUUAUAUAGUGAAUAAUAUGAUUAUUCACUGAAGUCUUAUAGGCAUUCUCUGGAAGUCUGUGUCGAAUAUUCUCAGGACUUAAUUCUCUCGUUGAUACAAAAUACGGAAAAAUACGGAAAAUACAUUAUAUAACAUUUACAGAUUAUUCUGUGUACAAUGUAUUAUAUAACGUGAAAAUUUUACAUUCUGUAAAAAUUGUAAGGUCAAUGUGCGUUUAAUAGACUCGAUUAACAACCUUCUUUUUUUUCUUAUGUAAUAAGAAUAAUAAAAUGUGUGCUUCUGAAUUCCUCAAACUAACUAAAGAAAUCUUUGGUAAGGCACUCGCCUUUUGCGAGCGCUUUUCACUGGACGGUCAAAUUUCUAAGCUAACGAGCUAUUUAUCUCGAUCGAGAUAUUUAUAUGAGCUUUCUUUCCACACGAUUUUUUAACACGAGGAAUUCCACGAAUAUUAAAUAUAAUUCGUUUUAGAACUUUGAUACCUCUUUCUUAUGUAGUGAUGAAAGAAAGAAGAAACGUUAAGUGACUUAUGCGUGUCUGUGGUAACGAUAUGUUGAGAGUAAAGUAUCUAAUCUUUACCAAUUGAGAAGGGAAAAUAAAUAGCUUCCUUUAAAGAUAGAAAAUAUAAGAUCAUUUAUAUGAAACUAUUUAUUAUAUAUAUAUAUAUAUAUAUAGUUGAUAUAUGAAAAUAUUAUUAAUUACUUUAUAUUUACAAGUUUUCUGCUGAUACCUUUUUAUGUAAUUUCAUUUCGAAGUAAUGAAGAAUCGAGUAAAGCCUUAAUUCCCAAGAAUAACCAUCGAUUGCUUUUAUAACAUUAUAUCUUAGUUUAAAUAUGUAAAAUUAUAAUAUUUUGCAAUUAUAGUCAUUUAAGAUAAU